GCGAAUUGCAUGUGAGGUGGUGCGGGACAGUCCAUUUCGGGGAUCAUAAUUGUCCACUUCUCAGACCUGCAUUCUCCCGAUAUACAUCGUGGCCACUACGUCACCGUCACACAUUCUAUCCUGCGACGCCCCAGAGUGCGGUUCUCCAUCACAACUACAGCAACAUCAGCAUUAAAGCAAGGGGUUCGACACUUUCGACACUGAAUCCAGUGGUACACAGCGAACCUCUUCUUCAAGCGAAACUCGCGGCAGCCCAGCUCUCCAUAAUGUCGGCCGAGGCCCUGGAGAAGCGCUACACGGACCUCCAGGCCCGCCUCGCCUCGCUGCAGGACGCAACCGCGCAGCUCCAGGAACUCAUCGACCGCCUCGCAAACUUCAACUUCCAGCCCGGCUCGGUGCCCCUGGCCGCGGCCGACGACGACAAUGUCGGCGCCGAACUGAGCGGCGAGAUCAACCAGAUCCUCCAGGAGCAGGAGGAGGACCUGGAGCUGCUGCAGGAGGAGAUCAUCGACCUCCGGCCCGGGAAGCUGGGCGGUGGUGGUGGUCGACAGCACGACAAGGAGAGGCUGCAGGACGGUGCCAAGAGGCUUUCCGUGGAACUGCAGAGCUGCCGUAAAUACUUCAGAAAGGCACAAAUAGCAGCAAAGCAGAACCUCGAGCUCGCACGACGCCAAGAGCGCGAGCUCCUCUGGUCCUCUUUUAGCCGGCCGAGAUCAGGCGCAACAUCACCAGGAGGCGGCGGCAGCGGGAUGGGCGACUCACAGACCCUCCAGCAGCCCCAGCAACAACAACAACAGCAGCUGCGCUUCAAGCCCAAGAAGCGCUCCGAGAUGUCCAAGGACGAACAGACCAUCAGCGCGAGCAACGACGUGACCCAGACCUUGCGGCAAACAUAUGAUCUGAUGGCCUCGGAGCUAUCCCGCAGCGAAUUCGCGCACAAGACCCUGCAGGAAUCCACCGCGGCGCUCGCACAGCUGAACGAGUCGUACGCGAACCUCGACACGCUCCUCGCCACGUCCAAGGACCUGCUGGGCACGUUGUGGAAGUCGCAGAAGACGGACACGUGGUACCUGGAGACGUCGUUCUACGCCCUGGGCGUCACGAUCGCGUGGUUGGUGUUCCGGAGGUGGCUGUACGGCCCGAUGUGGUGGCUCGUGUGGCUUCCGCUCAAGCUGAUCUUUCGUACCGGGAUGGGUGUCACGAGCGCGGUGUCGAGAAGUGGGAAGAGUGCCGGUGCCGGAGACGACCUCUCAACUGCUGCUGCCACUGACCAGCAGCUGCCCCCUGGAGUGGUCAUGAACAAUCACGAUGUGCCUACGAUCCGUGUAGGAGGGGAUGUUGUCGAUGGACAGCCCAGCGAGGUGGAUGACGAGAGCAUGAUUGGGAAAGUGGAACAAAUCAUUGCCGAGUCUGAGAGGAAUGGUGGGAGGCUGUAUGGGGACGGUCUGGAGGGGGAUGAUGGCCCGGAGAUCGUCUUGGAUGCUGGGGAAGGUCUGCCAUCAUCGGAGGGCGUUGUGCAUGAUGAGCGUGUGCGUGAUGAAUUAUAGCGGAGGUAGCACUGGGCUCCCCUGGUGCUGGACAAGCCCAAGAACGUAUCGUUGAAGUCUGGCCGUCCAAGCAGUGAUCCAUAUGCCUUGUG